AUGGGCACCUACACAACCGACCACUCCAGCUCCGUCAUCCAAACGCACAGCUGGCGCACACUAUCCAACUCCGCCGCCUACAUCCUCCCGCACAUCAAACCCGACAUGAAAAUCCUCGAUAUCGGCUGCGGCCCAGGGAGCAUCACCGUCGACUUCGCGACGCGGGUACCGCAAGGUCACGUCACAGGGGUGGAGUACACCCCGGAGCCACUGGAGCAAGCGCGCGCGCUGGCAGCCUCGCAGCACCUCUCUAACAUUGACUUCCAAGUCGCCGACAUCCACUCGCUCCCAUUCGCCAAAGACACCUUCGACAUGGUGCACGUGCACCAAGUCCUGCAGCACAUCGCCGACCCCGUGCAGGCGCUCCGGGAGAUGAAGCGCGUGGCGAAGCCGAACGGGAUCGUCGCUGCGCGGGAGUCCGCCAGCUGCACCUGGUACCCGGAGAACGCGGGCAUCGCGACAUGGCUGGAGGUAACGAGCCGCGUUGCCCGCGCAAAGGGCGGGAAUCCCCACCCCGGCCGGUAUAUCCAUGUCUGGGCGGAGGAGGCGGGGUUUGACCGCGCGCGGAUCCGGAAGAGCGCGGGCUCGUGGUGCUUCAGUUCACCGCAGGAGCGGGAGUACUGGGGCGGGUCUAUGGCCGGGAGGUUCCGGUCGUCGGGGUUUACGAAGAUGGCUACGGAGGAGGGGCUUGCCACAGCGGACGAGUUGGAGACGAUCGUGGAGGGAUGGAGGGAGUUUGUGGAGGAGGAAACGGGGUGGUUUGGGUUGCUUCAUGGGGAGAUCCUGUGUUUUAAAUAG